GUUCAAAGUACUAUGCAGUUCUCGAGCGGUGUAAAGGCAGUGCACAAGCAUUCGGAAGCAAAGCCUUCUGCAUCUCUCCUCCCACUCCUUGCAAGAGUUGGUCGCAUCGUCCGGUCGUUGGAUCUGCGGGACGUGCAGACCGUGGAAGGCUCAGGCGAUAUCGGGAUGGUGGUGAUUAUGGAGAAGCUUUGCUGGACAUCUUGGUGGGUUGAUUGUUGUAUUCGGUGGGCGGUUGUUGGAUUGGAAGAUUUGGUGGGUAUUGUUGAAUUGCAUCAUGAUUCGUGGGGAAAGCAGCAAGGAACGAUCGUUGUCGGAAGUGGCAAAUAAUAGAGGACGCAGAGGAGAGCAGCGGCGGUCGAGUUGCGUUCGUGGCGGAUGGGUUCAGAGAUCAUGUACGAUCUGAUGGUCCAGGAACGCCGAGUCCUGAUCGUUGAGGACCAUCCUGCCAGGAGAUGGUCGCUUAACGACUAGGAGGGCACUCGGAACAAGGGAACACGGUGCCUUCGCAGUGGUCCUGGCAGUAAUUUGGCAGUGGGUUUGCCGAAGCGCAGAGAGCAAGGAGAGCCGAUGCGAAGAUGAUUGAGAAGUUCAUGUUUUCGUUGAAUGGGUCGUAGAAAUGGAGGAUGUGGUGUUGAAAGAGGUUGAUGGUCGUGAAUGUGUUGAUGAUUUUGUUUUUG